AUGGCUCCCACGCAUCAAGUGGGCCAGCGGCUCUCGUUUGACGGCGCCCUCUGCACCAUCAGGUACAUCGGCGACGUCGCCGGCACUUCGGGAACCUGGCUGGGCGUCGAGUGGGAUGAUCCUUCGCGGGGCAAACACGACGGCUGCCACAAGGGCGUUCGCUACUUUGUCUGCCUGUCGCGAUCACCCACCGCCGCCUCCUUUGUGCGCCCGACGAGGCCAUCCGACCCGCCGCGGUCGUUUAUCGAAGCGGUCCGCGACAAAUACGCCGAUGAAGUUGUAGAUGAUGCGGCUUCACGACCAAAAGAGAUUGUCAUCUCAGGCAAGGUAGCCGAGGAGGUCGGUUUUGACAAGAUCCGCCGGCGAAUGGCUCAGCUGCACGAGUUGACCAUAGUCAUUGUGGAUGGCGCCCGCAUCUCUUUUGUGUCCUCGCCGGAUGGCAGCAGUGAGGAUAAAUGCUCCGUGAAGGAAACUUGCCCUCGCAUCGUCGAGCUCGAUAUCAGCCGAAACUUGAUAUCUGACAUGUCUACCGUCAUCGAGAUUUGCUCUCAGCUCUCCGAUUUGCGAAACCUGAGGCUCAACGGGAACAGAUUUUGGAAUGUGCUUGACAAAAACCCGCGGCUUGAGUCUGCUAAAGAUGUGCUCAGUAAUAUUACAGAGCUAGCAAUAGAUGAGACCCUUCUUUCUUGGCAAGAAAUAUGUCAAAUCACUUCCUGGUUCGGCUCUUUACAAAACCUGAGUUGCGAUCUCAACCAACUCUCAUCCAUACCAGCACCAUUCCCGGCAACACUGUCCAACUCACUCACCACCCUGAGCCUCGAGUUCAACGAGUUUGGCUCUCUGUCAGAUCUCGCUCCACUAGCAUCACUUGGCUCCCUACGCAAUUUGAUCCUCAAGGGUAACAACAUCACAACAGUAUCGAAAGAUGACACCAUCCCGGCCCCUGUGUUCAGUUCUAGCAUCUACCAUCUGGACAUAUCAUACAACCGCAUAGCGACCUGGUCAUUCGUAGAUGCUUUGCCCGACAGCUUCCCAGGCCUUCGCUCCCUCCGUCUUGCCCACAAUCCCGUCUACGAGAACCCCACCACAGUCUCCCAGGACGUCGGAGGGACUACAUCAUCACAAACCCAACCCAGCACUUCAAAUACCGCCACAGCCCCCAAACGUAGCGUCAGCGAGGACCCAUACAUGAUCGCCAUCGCCCGCGUCGCCUGCCUGGAGCACCUCAACUUCAGCGCCGUCACGCCAGCCGAGCGCACCGACGCCGAGAUGUUCUACCUCUCCCGCAUCGCGCGCCAGCUCGCCACCGUGCCUGAGGGGUCCGAGGGUCCUAUUCUGGCGCAGCACAGGCGCUACGCCGAACUGUGCGAGAUGUAUGGUGAGCCGGCCGUCGUGCGGCAGCAGGAGAUCAGCCACUCGUUCCUCGAGGGGCGGCUUAUCAAGGUCGAAUUUCGCAUGGAGGAGAGCCCCGAGACGGCUCGAGAGGGUGCGGACGAUGCUGCUCCGGAGCUGGUGAAGAAGGCAGAGAUCCCGCGUGCUCUGGACAUGUAUGCGGUCAAGGGCAUCGCCGGGAGGUUGUUCGGUAUUUCUCCCUUGGAGCUGCGGCUCGUGUGGGAGACUGGCGAGUGGGAUCCUGUCGCUGGGUUUGAUGAAGAUGAUGAUGAUGACAGUGGGAACGAGGACCUAGUCGCGGGAUAUGAUACGGAGCCUGCAGCAGCGGACGGAGGUAAUCAAAAACACGGACGUCUGGUCCGGAGGCAGGUGGAGCUUGUCGACAGUCCACGGCAGUUUGGCUACUGCAUUGAUGGAAACGAAGCCAAGAUCAGGGUUGGGCGGAUAUCUACUUGA